AUGGCCGAAAAACUUCCGUCCGAGAAGGUCGAGCAGGCCUCUCACGACGAGAAAGGGCGUACCCCAUCUGCGGGGCAUAUUGCGCUCGAAACGAUCAGGGACAAUAGCACGGCGAGGCUGGUCAAUCCUCUGGCCGGAAUUUCAAAAGACGAUCUGAUGCAUCAAGUCGAGCGCUUUGCCAUGGACAAGGACCUCCUCGACAUACUUCCUGUCCUGAAGAAAGGUGCCUAUGUCGCCCAGGAAGCAGUGCCGUUGGAAGAAAUCGAAGAACUCGACGUCGACGAGCUCGAGGCGCUCCAACUCGAAGUCAAGCACAGGUGGACUCAUCCAUUCGCUCUCUACGCCACCGUGUUUGUCUGCUCCAUCGGGGCGGCAGUACAGGGCUGGGACCAGACGGGGUCGAAUGGCGCUAAUCUGACGUUUCCGGUCGAGUUUGGCAUCGCAUCUGGCUCCAAUAGGGACUUUUGGUUGGUCGGCCUGGUGAACGCUGCUCCUUAUAUCUCCUCUGCUUUCCUUGGAUGCUGGCUGUCUGACCCGUUCAACAACCUUCUUGGCCGCCGUGGUGCGACUUUCCUCGCGGCCAUCUUCUGCAUUUUGACGCCGAUUGGGGGUGCGCUGUCGCAGAACUGGCAUCAACUACUUGUCACCAGGCUCCUGAUGGGGUUCGGAAUGGGUCUCAAAGCUGCGACAAUCCCCAUGUACGCUGCCGAGAACUCCCCCGCUGUCAUUCGAGGUGCCCUGGUCAUGGGGUGGCAGAUGUGGACGGCUUUCGGGAUAUUCCUCGGCUUUGCAGCCAACCUCGCCGUCUACCGAGUCGGGGAAAUCGCAUGGAGACUCCAGAUUGGAUCUGCCUUCAUCCCUGCGGUGCCACUCGCCCUUCUCGUCUACUUCUGUCCAGAGUCUCCUCGUUGGUUGAUGAAAAAGAACCGGUACAGGAAAGCGUUCGAGUCGCUCUGCCGUCUGAGGCGGCACAGAAUACAAGCUGCACGCGACCUCUACUACGUCCACGCUCAGCUGGUCAUUGAAUACGAGAUGGCGGCCGCGUCGACCUACCUCAUCCGACUGCGUGAGCUCGCCACGGUCCCUCGUAUUCGAAGAAGUGGUAUAGCAGCCCUGGUCGUGUUCAUGGGUCAGCAAUUCUGCGGAAUGAACAUCAUUGCCUUUUACUCGUCCACCGUCUUUGUUCAAGCUGGCGCCUCCGAGCACACGGCACUGCUGACGUCGUUGGGGUACGGGAUCGUCAACUUUGUCUUUGCCAUACCGGCAAUCUUUCUCAUUGAUAGGUUUGGUCGAAGAUCUCUCCUUCUCUCGACCUUCCCACACAUGGCCUGGACACUCCUUGCCGCCGGCUUCUGCUUCUACAUCCCCGAGUCCAGCAAGGCACACGUCGGCUUGAUCGCCCUGUUCAUCUACGCAUUCACCGCUCUCUACUCCGUCGGUCAAGGACCUGUCGCCUUUGUGUAUUCCGCCGAAGCUUUUCCACUGUCACACAGAGAAAUAGGAAACAGUUGGGCGGUGUCGGCGACGUUUGCGCUGUCCUCGGCUCUAUCGUUGACGUUCCCCCUGAUGUUGAACACCUUCACCGCAACAGGUGCAUUUGGAUUCUACGCUGGCAUGAACGUGUUUGUCUUCAUCUUGAUGUUCCUCUUCGUGCCCGACACGAGUGGCUACACGCUCGAAGAGCUCGACUACGUCUUUGCGGUGCCAACGAGACGCUUCAUCAGCUAUCAAAUCCAAAAGGUGCUUCCCUGGGCGUUGCGACGGUACCUUCUCUUCAGGCGCGGAGAGCAUUUAGAGCCGCUCUACCAGUUUCAACGCAGUGGCCGACAGGUCCCUCGGGAUGCUACAGUUGCAUGA